CUGGUGAACAAAAAGUACUUAUUGGUAAAUAGAGUUUUGGUCAUUUUGUUUGCCAUGAUAGUACAGACUGAUUGUUGUGUGCUCUGGAACCUUUGUGGUGAGCUCAAGAAUUGGCAGAUGGAAUAGGGGAAACAAGUUAUUUGAGUAUUUGACAAGCUAUGUACAGUGACGGUGCAUUGCCUGAGUGAGUGGGGAUUUACCAAAACCGGGGGAAGCAGGAAGGAAGCAGGAGGAGCUCAGAGAGCAGGUGGUGAAGUUCCUGCAGUGUGUCGAGGAGCUGGAGCUCUACUGCGGCAUGUGCAGCGAGUCCAUCAGGGACAGGGACCAAAAGCUGCAGGCAUUACCCUGUUCCCAUGUUUUCCAUCCCAAAUGGGUGUCUGCAGACAAACAAGACACACGGUUGUUCUAAAUGUUUCGAGUCCUCCAUGAAGCCUGGAUUUGUGUGAUUCUGAGACUGUUUGUGUGAUGGAUCAGCAAACACAGUAUGCUGAUUCCUCAUAUGGUCCUGAGUCAGGAUGUGCUGAAGAUGUCUGAGUUGUAAUAAUUCACUGCUCUGUGCAAAGGAUGCUGAACUGAGCCAAGUGUGUUCAUAUAUUUAUGGGUCAAUUUACUGUGUCGACUAUGUAAAUAUUUCAUUAUGGAAAAUAAAGUUCACUGAUGUAAUGCUGCUACUGACUAUUUUGUAUGGUGUUUUUUUAUGCUGUUGAUAUAUUGGUAUAGAUCUUUCUAAAUUAUUUUUGUUACUAAGUUUCAAAUUGAAAGUGAAUGUUAUUGUAUCCAACCAUGAGUUGGCAAUAAUAGAUGAACAGUUUUAACAUGUGUGCAAUAGGUGUUGUGUUUUUAACCAGUCUUACUAGUUUGCCAGCAUUUACUGAAAUUCCCAUUCAGGUGUUGAGGUUUGUACCGCCUACUGUUUCUUCACCUGAAGAGCUGGAAGGAAACGUUCCUGUAACCUCACUUUACAGGAAAACUUCAACCUGAUGGCAGCAGCUACACUCUCUGAAGAGGACUUGCUUUGUCCUCAAUGCUCUGAUAUUUACUGCCUUCCUGUUGUCCUUCAAUGUGGCCACAAUAUUUGUAGAGUUUGUUUACAGAAAUUCUGGGAAUGGAAAGGAUGCCGAGAAUGUCCUGUGUGCCAAGCUGUGUCGGUCUUUGGGAGGCCUCCCAUCAAUCUGGCGCUGAAGAUAGCUGCAGACAACUAUCAAGUGCAAAGGACCAACAGGAAUCAAGAAGUUUGUAUUCUUCACAACGAGAAGUUGAAGAUCUUUUGUCAGAAUGAUGAAGAGCCCAUCUGUCUCGUCUGCCAAACAUCAAGACAGCAUAGAGUUCAUGAGUGCUGCCCAGUAGACGAGGCCGCCCAACAGAAAAAGACAGAAAUUUCAGUGAAGCUGGAGUCUUUAAGGAAAAAGCUCAGGAUGCUGAGCAAGACGAAGGAGCAGUGGGAGGAAACCAAAAAUUACAUAAAGACACAGGCGGAUCAAAAUGAGAAAGCGAUCAAGGAGGAGUUUGAGAAGUUGCAUCUGUUCCUUCUGGAGGAGGAAAACACUAGACUGAAGGUGCUCAAACAGGAGGAGGAAAUUAAGUCCCAGGUGAUGUGUGAGAAGCUGGAACUCAUCAAGAGCCAGAUCAAGAGCCUCUCAUCCAUCAUCAGUGAUAUCGAGACAGCACUCAGAGCAAGGGAUUUACCGUUUUUACAGGACUACAAGCAGACAAAGAAAAGGGUCAAAUGCAACAUUCAGGAUCCAGAAUGUAUCAGAGAUAUCCUGAUAAACUCUUCAAAGCAUCUGGGAUUACUUAAGUUUGGAAUUUGGAAGAAGAUGGCUAAAAUCGUUAAAUAUGUUCCUGUCACUCUGGAUCCAAACACAGCCCAGUCCAACUUAAAGUUCUCUGAAGAGUUGACCUGCGUGCAAUACAGCAGCAAGCAACUCCUACCUGACAACCCUGAACGUUGCACCAGCCGAGUGUGUGUGCUGGGAGCGACCAGCUUCAUAUCUGGAAAGCACAGCUGGACAGUCGAUGUGGGCCAAGGAAGAGACUGGUACAUCGGAGUCGCCCAAGAAUCCAUCAAAAGGAAGAGUACCGCCUUCCUCGAACCGGCUGAGGGUUUCUGGGUCAUCGGCCUGUGCAAUGGAGACUCAUUCUGGGCUCAGACCUCGCCUCGCACCAAGCUCGUGUUGAAGCAGAAGCCAGAGAGGAUUACUGUAGAGCUGGACUGUGACAAAGGGAAGGUGGUGUUCAUCAAUGCUGCUGAUUUGACACCAAUACACACAUUUAAAGACAGAUUUACAGAGAGAAUUUACCCCUACAUGUCCCCUGGAUUGCUUGAGAAGGGGAGGAACUCAAGCCCAUUGACCAUCUGUCCUAUGGACAUAACUGUGGAUGUAGAGUAG